UCAAUAGUAGCAUUCAUAGUACCACAGCUAUCUAGCUAGCUGAUAUCUUGAGUUAUCCCAAGUGAUGGCCAAGGCUGAAGUUGGCCAUAGGGUUUGUGUUACAGGAGCAGGAGGAUUUGUUGGUUCUUGGGUAGUGAAGGAGCUCCUUCACCGUGGCUAUGUUGUGAGAGGAACUGCAAGAGACCCCUCUGCUCAGAAGUACCCCCAUUUGCAAACACUUGAAGGAGCAGCAGAGAGGCUAUCUCUGUGCUACGCUAAUGUCAUGGACUACAACAGUCUCCGAGUUGCAUUUGAUGGAUGUGAUGGGGUCUUUCAUGUUGCAUCACCAGUAUCCAAUGAUCCACAAUUUGUACCUGUUGCCGUUGAGGGAACCAAGAAUGUGAUCAACGCUGCAGCAGACGUGGGUGCAGGUCGUGUGGUCUUCACGUCUUCCUACGGUGCUGUACACAUGGACCCAAAUAGAAGCCUCGACACAGUUAUGGACGAGAGCUGUUGGAGCAACCUUGACUUCUGCAAACGAAAAGGGGAACAGUGGACAGCUUAGCUGGUAAGGAGCAACCAAGAGGCAAGAGCAAGCCAUCUGCCUAUUCUAAGGGUAUGUUUAGUUCAUACCAAAAUUAGAAGUUUGAUUGAAAUUAGAACGAUGUGAUGGAAAAGUUGAAAGUUUGUGUGCGUAUAAAAGUUUUGAUGUGAUGGAAAAUUUAGAAGUUUGAAGAAAAAGUUGAGAGCUAAACCAGGCCUAAGUCGGUCUCAUCACAAGUUAUGUCAGCAUUUUCUCAAUAUCAAUAAUUGAUACUCCUUUCAUAUUUUAAUGUAUGACGCCGUUGAUUUUUUGAUAAACGUUUGACCUUUCGCCUUAUUCAA